GUUGUGUUUUCACCUGCUGGUUUGUUUAUGUAGAGAUUUCCAGCGACAAAGUAAAAAAUUAAAGAAAUGAGUGCUUUUUUCUAACGAAAUUUUAAUGAACAAGUUGUAUGUUCUCAAAACCUAUUUCUACUGCUUAAUUUGUUUAGUGUUCUGCGUGCAAAUUGUGUUUUUAUUAUUCUUGAUCGUUGAGUAUAAGCAUGGGUUCACUUUUCGAGUGCCAAGCACAGUGUUUCAGCCCUCAAUACAGGAUAGCAAUCAGGAUACCACCUCAUCGAAUUGGGUGGAUGAUUUUAGAAUCAUCGGUCACGUAAUGGCGGAGAACCACUUAAGUAUCUACAUCAUUGAUAAAUGCAUGCUUGCAGGAGUGCAGGACAAGACAAAUGCAUCAAACUGUCUUAAAACAUACUCUCCAAUUUUGCUCGCAGCCCACUAUCAUGAAAUCAAACACUACCUCUCAAAGGUCAUUCAAGAACUUCAGAAAGAAGACUUCGAGGUUGUGGCAUUUUUCAAUGGGAACCCUGAACAGUUGAUACCUGAAUUAAUAUCUGUCCCGGUCGCCCUAUUUGUCAAAAGGAAGUUUGUUUUCAAAAUCCUGUUUCUUCAUGGAAGAGUUGAUAAUUUUUGGUGGUUCGGAAAUAUUCAAAGUGAUAGUGAAUGGGAGCGGAAACUAUCAGAUCUGAAUGUUUCACCCAUCAGUUCGGAGCUAAUGUUACAUGAAGGUGCUUUAGAAAAGUUUGAAGCUGUAAAGUACAACUUUGGAAAAGUUGAUGGUCUUAUCCCGAGGAACGUGACAAUUUUUUUAAGUGAAUUAGACAGCUGUAAAUUUAUCGAGUGCAAUCACAAGCGAGCUCAGAUUUUCCUCAAGAAACAUGGUAUUACUCAAGAUGGAAAGACCCAACGAUUUCAACACAAGAUAUACAAAAUCUUGAGUCUUACUUCCAUGAUUGCCAAACAGUUGUCAACUCCUUUCUGGUUGAGCAGCGGAACAUGUUUGGGUUAUUUCAGGCAGUGUGGUAUUAUUCCGUAUACGACUGAUAUUGACAUCGGAAUGUUCAUAGAGUCAUACAAUCCAAAAUUUGAGGAUGUGAUGAUAAAGCAUGGUUUUAGGUUGAAACAUAAAUUUGGGUUGCCUAACGACUCUUUUGAGUUGUCUUUUAACAUGGCCAGUGACUCGAGCUUAAAGCUAGAUGUAUUUUUCUUCUACAAAGAGGGACAGUACUACUGGAAUGGAGGAACUCAAGUCAGGACUGCUAAAAAGUUCAAAUACAUCUUUCCCAAAUUUCAUCUGUGCUGGACGAUAUUUUUAAACCUAAAAGUUCGUGUCCCAUGUGAGACUGAAUCAUACAUCUUGGCAAACUACGGUCCUAAUUGGAUGGAACCAAUUAAGCAGUGGGAUUGGAAGUCCAGUCCAUUCAACGUCCAAGGAGCAGGGGUCUGGGCUGAAUCACUACGGAAACAAGCGAUACAAGUAUUUUGAAUCACUCUUUUCCGUUUUUACUGGUACCUGGAUAAAGUUCUACCGAAGAAGUUUUACUUACUUGCCCACGGGUAUUGUGACAGAGUCACAGAAAAGUUUUUUUGAUCGGAAAGAUAAUAGCCUUAUGAGUAUAUGUUACCUGUUGCUCUUGGAAAACCAGAGAUUUUUUGACCAUGAUAGGAAGUACUUUACAAUCUGAAUUAAUUAAGUUUCACUUUGUUGAGAAAAUUGUUUUCUCCCCUCUUGUUAACCCCCUAAAUAUUCUAAGAGCAACACAUUGAUUUUCUCUCGCCUUUUUGCUGUGCCAUUUAACUGCUGUGCUAAGGAAGAUGGUCCUAUGAGCCUUCAGACGUCGUCAAUUUCCUUUGAUAAAAUACAAAUCCUUAGGGUAAUCUGUGAUUAUUUUUCCUUCAAUUGUUCAGAUUAUUAAUUGCAGUCUGAUCUAAAUUAUCGGAAAAUCUCCAGAGAAAAUAUUCAUGACUGUCCUCAAAAGAAAAAUUUUAUUGGAGGGAAUUUGGCAACUCUCGAAUGUUUUGCAGUGUUUUUCUUUAACAGUUAAUGAGGACCACUUUUCCCGUAUCUUGUCUCCUCUAUCCCCACUUUUACAAAGUGAUUCCUCUUAGAAUCAAUCGCAAUUUUCUCAGACUUGUUUGAAUUAUUUCCACACACAUGAAAUAAUUGGCCCUUGGAAGUUAUAGCUUAUUUGAAAAAGACAACUUCAGUACGAAAGACUAUGUUAACUGACUUUGUAUGAUUAAUUUGAAUUGGAGAGGAAAGUAUGAGGACAUUUUCAAAUCGUACCUCCCGAAAAAUUACAAACUCAUGAAAAUAGCCCGAAGGAAGUUGUGAUGAUCAUUCUCAUCAAAAAGUUACAUUGGAAAUGCCAAUUGGCUGGCUGAUACAAUUCAAUCAUGAUUAAAUAAUGAGUUAAUACUGGAGUUUUUUCACCUUUAUUUCACUCUCAAUUGAUCGUGAAUCAUAGAGUUCAUUUGAAAUUUUGUUUAUGAAAUAUGGCUUUUUUAAUAUUUCAUCAUUUCUAUUUUUAACCCAUUUACGUACUUUGAGGAGUAUACUUGUCAACGUAAACAAAUGGAUUAAAAAGUUAUUGUAGUUCAUCACUUAAACUGAGUCGAUAAAAUCAGGGUAAAACUUUAAAUGAGAAUGCAUCAAUCCUGGUUUCGAUGACCUGACCACAUGAGUUUAAAGCUGAAGGCGUCCAAAAUUUUUUGUAGUUCAUAAUUUGUAAAAAUGUUACCUAGAUUAAGCAAUGAUGUACAUCCGCAUCAUUGAACUUGUUCUCAUAAUGUUCAUUGUGAAAUCUCAAACAAAUAAAAAGACAACUUCGAAAUUUU